UCCACUUCCUUGUUUUUAUGUCAGCUGUCAAAUUAAAUUGACGCGGGAAAUAAGCAAAACAAAACAGAAAUGUCACAGUUGUGGUGUCCUGUUGGUGACAGAAUCCUAGUAGGUUACAUUUUACCCGAAAAGAAGGUUAAAAACUCCGAAAAUGACGACUCUGAUUGGGAAGAUGAUGAUGAGGAGGAGGAAGAAGAAGCACAGCCGGAGUUUCUGGAUAUGAAAGAGAUGGACAGCGUUAGUUCAGGAGGACAUGUGUUUAAUUCCUCCGUACCGGGCCGAAACGAAGUUGAUUUCCUGGACAGCGUGUCUGGUAAGAGAUGCAGAGUACUGGGCCGGUUCAGUCUGAAGGACCCGUGGUGGGAGGCUACCUGCACCGCCCGCGCUGCCAGGGGCAAGCUGGUGCUACGGGGCUACCCUGCCUACCGCCUUCGCUCAGACCUCCAGGGAGGCUCAGACCUCCAGGGAGACCCGGACCACUCUGUCCUGUCUCUGUUCCUCACAGCCUGCGGUGUGGACGCACAGUUUGUCGUCCCCUUCUUUGCUUGGCUGCCGAUGGGAAGGAAGUUGGAGUUUGCUAACUUGCAGGAAGUUCUGGCUGAGUUUGAGGAAGGAGAGCAGCACAGAGCUUUGGCACAGCAGAUUAAAGCCUUGGUCUCUGUUUCAGUUGCAGGGAUGCGCGUGACUGCUGCCUCUCUGUACCCCCAUGUGAUGAGAUACCUGCCUACCCUACUGCCCGGGCGCUUCACAGAGCUCCUGAGUCGGGGAAAGAAAAGCCCAAAACAUCCUGCGGCACAGGGUGCUACACAGAUAGAGGAGGAGGAGGAAGAGGAGGAUCUCAGCUUGCUGGCCAAAAUAGAGGAGAUGAUCAAGACGGACGUCUGGAAGCUGGGCUUUAACUAUGUUAUGUACAAGGAGUUGAAGGUGGUCCAUUGCGAGGCUCAGCUGAGAUCCUUCCAUGAGUGUAAACUCUUCCAAGAGAUCCCUCUGAAGCAGCGUAACGCCCUGCGAGUCUACGACUCUCUGAAGAACCACUGCUACAGGACGGGCAGUACCUACACGGAGCUCCCACCCUGUGUGUGGGACGCAGUCCACUUCCUCAAAGAGCUGGGUGUAGUGGUACAGGAUCGCCAGAAGGUGGCGCUGCAGAACCUGCAUUCUUAUGAGACUGGGAUAGCUGAGUGCCUACGCUGUCUGGUGCAGGAAGAGCCCUGGGUUAUACCUCUGGAUGUCAUAGAGGUGCUGACUGCUUCAGCUCUGCAGAGGCUGAGGAAGAAGGGAGGGGAUGGAGGGAGUAGGGAUUAUCAAGGUGAAGUGGACUCCGACGCAGAGCGGAAGGCUGAUGAGCUGAAUGAAAGGUGUGAUAUGGAUGGCAGCGCUGCAGAGACAGACCGUACUAGUACUGCUGUUAGAACAGCCCAGACCAGGGGCCCUCCUCCAGUAGAUUUAGGCCCAGACCAGGGCCCUCCUCCAGUAGAUUUAGACCCAGACCAGGUACGUGCAGCAAAGAUGAUCUGCUUCAAUCCGGUGACAGUGAUCAGCGGUAAGGGGGGCUGUGGUAAGACCACGGUGGUGAGUCUCGUGUUCAAGGCCGCCUUGCAGCAGAGCCCAGAGAAGGAAGUCAGGAAGGCAUGCUGGGACUUUGAAAAUGACUCCUUGGGGUCUGAGGCGUGGGAGGAAGCCGAUGCGUGGGAGGAAGAAGCCCUGUCGAAGAGUCUCCUCUCUCAGUUAGAGGGGGAGGUAAAGGACGAGAAGAAGUCAUCGUCGUGGGUUUUACAGGGAGAGGACGAGGUGUUACUAACAGCACCCACAGGGAGAGCUGCGUCUCUGCUCACCAAGAGGACAUGCUUCAAGGCCUACACCCUGCACCAGGUAGUGUGGAGUUUCAUGCAGGCCAAAAAGGACCCCAGUGGGGCUCCUGAGGAGUGGAAGUUUGCGUGUGUGCGCGUGUUGGUGGUGGACGAGGGCAGUCUGGUGUGUGUUCAGCUCCUCCACUCCGUCCUCACCAUGCUCACCAAACACGCACAGCUCAGGAAGUUUGUCAUCUUGGGUGAUGUGCGUCAGCUGUCCAGUAUCCAGCCAGGAAACACCUUGUAUGACCUGUUCCACAGUCUGGGCCGAGCCCAUUGGGCCAUCGAGAUGAGGACCAAUCACAGAGCUGAGUCUCAACUGAUCGUCGACAACGCCGGACAAAUCGCAGAGAUGGGGAUGAAUCGUAGUUUCAGACCGCUCCACUACGACGCCAUCUUGGAUCUGAAUGGAAGCUACACCAUGCCCUCUGAAGACAAGAGGUUCAUCCUCAUCCUGCUGCCCAACACCACCGAGGACUCUGACUAUGACCUUCAGGUGGCUAUCGAACUAUUAUUGAAAGCUGCUCCAGGACUGAAGAAUGACGCCACGUCACAGUUCAUUGCCUUAGAAGGAUGGAAGUGUGCCUUGAUCAAUGAGCUUUGCUGCAAACAUUACUGCGACCACCGCACCAAAAACAACAAGAACCGACUAGAUUUCCAGCCGAGAGAUAAAGUCUGCUGUACAAAGAACGGCUACGUCACAGACAGGAACAAGGAAGUGUCUCCUGAAGCAGAGGACUUGGAGAACGGCUACGUAUCUGACAGGGCCAGGACCAAGCAGAGACUUCCUGGUCUGGACGGAGGGGAGAGACUGAGAGGGAACGGGGCCACACAGAGAGACGGCAGUGGUGACAAAAUGAAAAGCAAAGAGAAGAAUAAAGAGCGUCUGUGUAACGGAGAGAUAUUCUUUAUUAAACAUGACGUGACAGAGGAGGAGGCGGGCUCUCAGCGGAGCAGGAAGCAGAGGUACUUGACUCUGGAUGAUGGCGACGGACGGAUGCUGUGUGUUUCCUUCAGGGAACUGCAGAGAGAAUGUAAACUGCAACACGCCUGGGCUAGGACCAUACACACCUUCCAGGGGUCGGAGACCGAGACCAUUGUGUACGUGCUGGGUAACGGUAGCGUCCAGACGUGGAAACACGUGUACACGGCUGUGACACGGGGACAGAAGCGUGUAUAUGUCAUAGCCAAGCAGGAGGGCAUGGCCUCCGCCAUCAAGAGACGCAUCAUCCCACGUAACACCCGGCUGGGAACCCUGGUCAAAGAGCUGCUGGUCCAGCCUGGGGCUGAGGGGCAGGACCAACCAGACCAGAACCAACCCCAGCCGGGUACACCUCGCAGGGCAGCCCCAGGCUUCGGGCCUACACAGACCACUCCUCUGGGCUCACAGACACCUAGCUGGUCUCUAAGGACCCCCUACAAAACCCCUAUAGCAGCACCCAGACUCCCCUCUACGCCCAGUGUAGCAGUCCCACUUCACGUCAAUUGUGUCCAGUCCCACUCAACGUCGGGCCUACCCAGGAAGCUGUGGAGAAAUGAGCCUCCAACAGCUCCUCAGGCAGAUGCCUCAGACACCUCUCUAAUGGACGACAUCACUUUCAGUCAGGCAUAUACCUGGUCGCCUAUGAACAGCAGCUCUGAGGACCCCUCUCAGGAGCAGCCUGGGUCUUGUGAGGAGGAGGAGGAGGAAGGGAUCAAGAUGGAGGCUAGCAGCAGCGCUGUAGAGGAUGGACACAUGGGGAAGGGUUCAUAUUUAGCUGCUCGGUCUGGGGUUGAGCGCACCCCUUCCAAGAGGACGCUCGGUCCUGACAGUGAGAAACAGAAUGUGACUCCUCAUAAACAGAUCAAGGUAAGAGAAGGAGGACGUGGCGUCAGUUGCUUUGUGGUGGAAGCAGUACAUUUUCUCACAUGACUAGGGCACGUCUGAAGACUUAUUUGUGGUGUGGAGGGGUUAUUUUAGUAGAAGUGGUUGAGGUGU